AUAAGUUUUGAGACUCGUGAGUGAGUAGUCACUGACUGACUGUAGUCACUAGUCAGUCCUGAGCAGUCCUGAGUAUAAGAAAGAACUGGAAAUAACAAAGAACCUGUGGCUUGUGACGACCAUAGUUGCCAGAAAAGUGCACGUGCAGCAGACGCGCAGAGCGCAGUGACGUGAGUGAAUGAAUGGUUGUGCGUUUGUUAAUAAUCGAGUCCUAAGUGUUUAUAUGUUGAAUAUCGAAAAUGAAUACGAAAGAAAAGGAAAAGUACAUCGAAGAAUUCGACUUCCCUCAUUGCGAUGAAUCUUCGAAAUAUGAGAAAGUCGCAAAAAUUGGCCAGGGCACUUUUGGAGAGGUGUUUAAGGCCAGAGAUAAAAAUAGUACAAAAAAAUUCGUAGCUAUGAAAAAAGUGUUAAUGGAUAAUGAGAAAGAAGGGUUUCCUAUCACAGCUUUAAGAGAAAUAAGGAUAUUGCAAUUAUUAAAACAUGAAAAUGUAGUGAAUUUAAUUGAAAUAUGUAGGACAAAAGCUACUCAAUAUAAUCGUUAUCGUUCUACAUUCUACCUAGUGUUCGAUUUUUGUGAACAUGACCUCGCAGGUUUAUUGUCAAACGUAAAUGUCAAAUUUAGCUUAGGAGAAAUUAAGAAAGUUAUGCAGCAGUUGUUAAAUGGCCUCUAUUAUAUCCAUAGUAAUAAGAUUUUACAUAGAGAUAUGAAAGCUGCAAAUGUUUUAAUAACAAAGAAUGGAAUAUUGAAGUUAGCUGAUUUUGGGCUGGCUCGUGCUUAUAGUGCAAAUAAAAAUGGCCAACCAAAUCGUUACACAAAUAGGGUUGUUACUCUUUGGUAUAGGCCACCAGAACUAUUGCUGGGUGACAGGAAUUAUGGUCCACCCGUGGAUUUAUGGGGUGCAGGAUGCAUAAUGGCCGAGAUGUGGACCAGGUCACCUAUAAUGCAAGGAAAUACAGAACAACAACAGCUCAUUUUGAUUUCUCAAUUGUGUGGUUCUAUAACGACGGAAGUAUGGCCUGGAGUAGAAAAUUUAGAAUUAUUUAAUAAAAUGGACUUACCUAAGGGUCAAAAACGGAAGGUCAAAGACAGAUUAAAACCGUACCUAAAGGAUCCGUACGCAUGUGACUUGUUAGAUAAACUUCUAAUUCUUGAUCCAUCUAAAAGGUUCGAUUCAGAUUCAGCGUUGAAUCACGACUUUUUCUGGACCGACCCAAUGCCUUGUGAUCUUAGUAAAAUGUUGGCGCAGCAUACACAGAGCAUGUUCGAGUACUUAGCUCCACCGAGAAGGCCUGGGCAUAUACGUCAUUCACAUCAUCAAGUACCUGGCGGAGCAGCUAAACCUACGUCUAGUAUGGCUGAUAGUGGUUAUCAAGAUCGCGUAUUCUAGAAUACAUAUUUUAUUUUGAUGAACACUGACUGCCCUUAAUGGUUCACAUGUUCUCUCCAUCCCCCGACACAUUAAUGACUCAUGGAAUAACUGAGUCCGACUUCACCUAUAAGACUUUUAAGUUAAACUUUAAUACCUGAUUUAUACAAGCUUGUAAAGUAAGAUGUAAAAUUUUCUUAUACAUGUACAUACACACAUAUAUAUAUAUAUAUAUA